AUGCCAAUAUGUCACCCAUGCUAUCUCAUCGAUUCCUGUCAAUCACUCCUUACACAACGACGAUCAAUGCUGUGGGAAUGGUUCAAACUACCGAAUAUACCACAGAUUUCUCAGUUACCGAAGGAGAUCUCUAAAUCUCUUCUUGAUUAUCUACUCAGAUGGACAGUUGGGAAGUACAUCGACAUCGACAACGCACUUGCAGAGGAUGGGAUAGAUAUAUACAAUCGUAGGCUCAACACCACCUCCAUCAACAGUCACUUGACAUCUUUCCCAAUAGAAACUAAUUCAGCAAGUUUAGGAAGACUAUCAAUACAAGUACCUUGGUCAAAUCUAUUCAAUGAUCCUAUAAACGUCGUCAUCGAGGACCUCCAUAUCACCUUUCAGCCUUCAACUCGAUCAGAUACGACGGAUGAACCCGGUAUCACAGUUGAUGAUCUCACUGAGCAGUAUAUCGAGAACCAGGAUAUCGUCAUCCCUGGCUCAUUUGAUGCACCUCCAGCUGCUGUCAUUGAUGCAGAGUCACCUAGUAACCAACGGACGCUUUUGAAAUCAUUAAUCAAUGCAAUAUUAGCAAAGUUAAGGGUUAACCUCAAAUACACCUCUAUUAAAUUCACAGAGGGAGUUUCAGAUAACGGUUUCGAUUUGAGGAUUGGUUCCCUUGAUUACGGCGAUGUUGAUUUAGACACACAGGAGAGGAAACUCAAAAUAGACGAUAUUGAAAUUCAUUCGUGUGGGGCACCGCCUGAUCAGUCUUCACAAUCACAAAUGUUUAUGAGUGCUCAAGAAAGCUUGACUUUACAGACACAGCAGAGUCAAUGCAUACUCAAAUUAAUAGAUGGCAUUACUAUGAAAUUAUGCAAUAAUUCAUUACCAACAAUUGAAGCAGACUUUGGUAGAACGCUCGCGGUACUUUAUCCAUCAACUAUAUCGCUAAUUUUAACUCUAAUCGAAGCUUUCCCACCAAAAACAGAAUCUUCAAGUAAUGGUGCAGAUUCCGUAGAUAGCAAUGAUAUGUUUAAUUUGAAAGCAUCACUGAAGGAAUUGCGCGUUUUAUUAUUGCUAGAUGAAGUGAAUCAAGUGAUCAAUGAGAGUGAUUUAUGGAAUGGUGGAGAUGAAGCGCAAAUUCCUGGUUACUUUCUGGAUCUGAAUGCUACCAAUGUUAAUAUCAAGUGUACGCCUGAAUGUAGCCUUUCCGUUGGAGAUGCAAGUAUUUUAGCUAAUGACUCGGUAUCCACAUCUCCUAUUUUAGUUUUUGAUGAGGCGAUUGCCCAAGUAAUCAAUGAGGAGUUUCCAAGGAUGUCAGAUUGGCUAGCUGAAGAUGAUGGUGUCAAUAUGUUUGACCACAAAUCGUGGAAGUUAUUGGACAGACAGACUAGCCAAUCUGAACCACCAGCUGUCACUAUGACGAGAAAUGAUGUAAAGCUCUCUCCAGUGCAUUUCUUCGUUGAUCUGGGCAUUAUAGAACGAUUCUUUGGGAGCGACCUGUUCAAAGCACUAGAUUUCACGACGAAAGAUCAUAGGCAUGAUAGUGUAGUUAACUCUCUACUGACGGAAGCAGAGAAACAGAAUGAUCCUAGUCUGUCUGAGGUUCUUACACCUUUACAGAAGGUUCCAUUCUUGCUUACAGUCAGUGCACUAAGGAUAUCUGUUCGUUGUCCGCCACCGCUUGGUCAACAGUCAUUGCGAUCUGGUAUAUUAGCAAUUGAUGCGCGCUGUUUGAAGCUCACGCCGAACAGCACGAGUACUGAUGUAUCGGUAGAAUGGUCGAAUGUCAAUUGGUUAGAUGCGAGACACAUCAGGGAAAAAAUGCAAUCAAUAGCAAGAAUACGUGAAUCACGUUUCAUUAUAGAAAAACGUAAACGACAAUCACCAAAAUUGACAUUUAAUGUACCGUUUAUCGAGCUAAAAUUCAGGAAGAGGGAGGUUAUUGGAUUGCAAUACUUGGCGGACGAUUUCGCUCAAUUCAGUGAAAGAUUGAAAUUAUCUGCAAGUGGUACAAGUAAGAAAGAAGACGUGAUGCAAUCUGUUGUCGAACUAGUGAAAAGCCGGCUUAUCGUAGCGGAUGAAACAUCUACGUCAGCGUAUGUUGAUGAUUCAAUGGAUGAUUUCUUUAGCGCCGAAGCGAGUACCCACAAAGAUGCUGCAUCGUCUCUUGUUGAUGACACAGAUAUUGAUAUAAAUCUAGAAGCUGGUACAUACACCAUUGAUGUACCAACUGUGAACCUCAACACUGGAGAAGAAACAGGAGAUUACGCUACGAUAGUUGCUGAUGCAAGAGCUGUUACCUUAUCAGCAAAAUUUGGAAACAAAAGUACGAAGAAUAAGAUGACGUUGAGAGUAAUUGCAGCUAUGCUUACUGUAGGAGAGCCUAAUUCUGAUAAAAUUAUCGAAUCUAUGAAUUUCAAUGAUAGGCCAGCUCUAGAUCUUAGGUUUGCUACGUACUUAUCGGAGAAAUAUGUGAAGUCAUCCACAGCUGAUGUGGUUCUUUCAUCUAUCGUCUUGAACAGCAAUAUGCAAAUGAAUUCAAUCACUAGUUUGGCCAAAAUGCUGGAAACACCACCAGGCGUCUUCGAGAACGCGAUACCAUCUGAUGUUACCACUCUGACCGUAAAAUUGAAAGAUGUUUCCUUUAGGAUCUGUCCUGACGUUUCGAAACGGCGACUUGUAGUGAAUUUUGGAAACACACAUUCUCAGUUAACAUUAAGACCUAAUUCCCAAGCCAAUACUGUCAAGAUCGUAUCUGGAAACACUUCUGUCCAUCUAAUCGAUGAUGUGACACAGAUGUUAGAUGAUAAGCGUGAUGAGGAAGGUAGUGAUGUUUUGGUAGACUGCUUAAGGAAUUAUUGGAAGACAAAAGGAUACGUACAUAUUGCAGAACUGGUAAAGCUCACAGCUAAAACCAAGCUUACAAAGUCACAAGAGGAGCCUAAAAUAACAGCAGAUAUCUUUUAUGCUGACACGAGGGUGGGACUCUGUGCAGAUUCUUUAUCAACUCUCAUUAAACUGCUUUCCGAUGUCUCACCAAAAUCUUCGGGGACAUCGAAUGAUUCUUCGAUUCAAUCCAAUGAUGAUAAAGAUCCAUACACCAACCUACUAGCAAGCUUGGAUGAAAGUGCAUUCAAACAGCUUCCAGAUGCAAUUGUUGCGGCAGAUUUAGUAGAUGAUGAUAUACCCUCAAACCAAGAAUAUAUUUACGAAACAACUACGCAACAACAAGAGCGAUAUCUCAAAGAGCAGACUGUAGACUUUGACGCAUUUGAGGAAGGACUCACGCCAUCAAGUUCUGAUGAUUUAAGAGAUAACGUCGAUGAUUACAUUAUACCAGCUACAUCGCAGCCUAAUGAGAUAGUAAGACAAUUGAUACCCGAUGCAGUAAUGCAAUCAAACUUUAUUGAAGCGUUGAGGAACAAGUUGGAUGGUUCGGUUAAAGUAGCAAUCAAGCCAUACAUGGAAGUGCAGUUACAUUCCGCUGAUACAUCCCUACAGCUAUUCGAAGGAUGCGACUGGCCAGCAACUCGACAUAGGAUAGAAGAGGAGCACAAUAGAAUACGUAAGAAGCUAGUAAAGUUUAGACAACUACUGGCAUCUGGUCAGCAAGCAGAUGGUACCGAAGAGGAGCUUUCUUUUGAUGUCUACGGUGCUUAUAAUGUUGGAAUCAGUCAGCAUGUGAACGGCAACGAAGAAAUACUCAAAGCAAUUGAUGAAGAACUAGGCGAUGAAAGCGAAUGGCAAACGCUAGUUACCCCUACACAUUCACGCAGACCAUCAGAGAAUACUAGCACACGUCAGGCUGAUUUCAGAAAAUCACUUUACAGAUCUAAAGGACCUUUUGUGGAGAUCACAGCAUGUGGUGUUAAGUCUACUAUGCAGAAAUUCGAAAAAGAAGAGAAGUCAUCUGAUAUUAAAUUGUCGAUCAAAGAUGUCGAGAUCCUUGAUCGAAAACAGAAAUCGAACUGGCGGAAGUUUAUGACUUCACUUGAUAAGGAUCUGCGAGGAAAUGUACGUGAAUCUGAAUCCAACAUGGUGGAAAUAAGCUUGGACACCCUUCUCACUGAGGGUGGUGAAGAGGAAGUUGCCUUACAUAGUCAUGUCCUUCCAUUGAAACUAAACAUGGACCAAGAUGCUUUAGAUUUCCUCAAGAGAUUCUUUGCAUUCAAGGAUGACACUGAUGCUAAUGGUGACGUUGAAAAAGGACCAUAUAUACGUCAAGCUAUUGUCGAUCCAGUCGAGAUUAAGAUGGACUAUAACCCAAAGCAUGUCAAUUAUGCUGCUUUGAGGGAAGGAAAGACCAUAGAAUUGAUGAAUUUUUUCCAUUUCGACGGAUCUGAGAUAAUUUUACGCAAGAUGAUGAUCACUGGGAUAACGGGAUGGUCGAAACUGUUUGAGAUACUGCAGGACACGUGGACGCCCGAUGUCAAAGCUAACCAGUUGUCUGACGUCGUCUCAGGUGUUGCACCAAUCAGGUCCUUAGUUAAUGUUGGAAGUGGGUUCGCAGACCUUGUUCUUCUUCCAAUAGAGCAAUAUAAACAUGAUAAGCGAAUAAUUAGGGGUUUGCAGAAAGGUGGAUCAGCUUUCGCAAGGAACGCUGGUAUGGAAGCUUUGCGAAUGGGAGCAAGGCUUACCAACGGUACACAAGUCGUGCUGGAGCAUGCAGAGAGUAUUUUAGCCGGUAAAUCGUCGGAGGAUAAGUUAACGAUGGAAACAGUAGAUGAAGUUAGCGAACCUAUGACAUUGCGGCAAGGAAUGGAGAGUGCAUAUAAAUCGUUAAACAAUAAUUUAAAUGAAGCCGCGCAAACUAUAUUAGCAGUUCCGAUGGAGGUAUUUGAAAAAGGAGAGAAAAAUAAGCCAAUUAUAAAGGCAGUUCCAAUUGCCAUACUCAAGCCUUUGAUUGGAUUGACGACAGCUGCUUCAAAGAUCCAACAAGGAUUCUUGAAUAAGUAUGAUAAGAAUGAUUGUAAUUAA